AUGAAAGGACUGAUAGAUCAAUGGACGGAUGGCAAGUCUCUCAAGAGAUUGCUUAGCUCGGUGUUCAUUAAAGGUGCUCGAUCAAAGCAGAUAUCUGAUUCCACAGCCAAGCCUUUGCCCACGAUUAACGCGGAUUUUGUCCCUGAGCCAACUCAGAUAGUAACAACGUCAACUCCGGCACAUCAGGACUCGAGCAGAGAAGAGAUCUCUUCAACUUCUACAUUCGGAAGCGAAUUUUUGAGAAGAAUAAGAGCAAGUAGAAAAAGAGCUAAUGCGAAUAGUCCUCUUCGAAGAGAACCUCUAUCGCCUUCCAGCGUAGUGUUGACUGAUGCCACAUCGCUUUCAUCUCCACAUCAACAAAAUCUCAGGAAAUGUCGCACAUGCUCCUAUAAACCGCCGGCAUCAAUCAUUGACCAGGGAAAACCACCAGGGCGAGCGCCUUUGACUGCAAGAUACCCCGAGAUAUUCACCUAUAUGGGACGAAAUGGUGUCCCAAAUUCUGCUCUAGCUUUGACAAGUGAUGUUGUGAGAAACUUAAACGAAAUAUUCUACCUCGAGGGACAGUUCAACGAUCAUACAAGGAUCAUUGGUCGAUUGGAUGAUGAAUACGAGUGUAUUGAGAUGACUGUGAAAGAAUUCAAUCAACUCAUUUCAUCGUCAGGAGCCACAGUUCCGAGUGAUCUAGAUGCAAAAUCGGAAGAAUUGAAAUAUCUUUCCAAUGUUUCCUCGCGUAUUCAAGAACAAAAGCUAGAGUUACAGGGAGCUGCGGAACGCAAACAUGAAAAAAUAAGGGAGCAAAGACUUAUCUUAUUUAACAUGUUCAGGGACGUUUUCAGGGAUCGAAAUCUUCUGGAUAUAAAAGGAAAAAGUUCCCGACCAAAUCGGUUAUAUCGCAUGACAACCACACAACUCGUACCUCAAAUUCUCACUUGCAGCGAAGAAGCUCGAGGGAGAGUCGAAAUGGAAAAACAAGAAGCUGUGAAUCAUAUGAAGGACAUGGGAUAUCGCCUAGAAACAAUGCAUCAUCGACUUGAUAAUUGGAAACAUUAUUAUGAAGAGGAAUAUGCAGAAUAUGCACGUGCGGUCAAGAAUGGAACAAUGGAGCCUGCGAGAAGCUUCUUCGAUUUGACUCUGUUGCAAGAACAUCAGGGGGUGGUUGAGGGAGUCAUCGAGGCGGAGAAUGAAUAUGAAAAAGCGAGGAGACGAGUGAGAGUAUUGGAUGUGGUGCUUAGUGAUAUUUAUCAGUCCAGCGGGUUUGCAAAUUGUCCAGAUGAUGGGUACAGGAUUUCGAUGGAAGAGGCAAUGGUUGGUGAUGUAGAUAGGGAGUGGAUUUUAGAUUGGAUGGAAAGCAACGAUGACUCGAUGAAAUAUCAGAUUGAUGAAGACGAAUGGAAAGCAAAUCCAAUUGGUUUGGAUGAUAGUGUCAGCGUGGUUGCGAGAGGGAGAGAGAGAAAAAGAAUUGACAGGUGGAGAGAGAUGUGUAUGGCAAUUGGGAACAACUUUCCAAAGUUGUCGAAAGUGGUGCAUCAUAAGCCUGUGUCUAAGGCCAGCCAGAGUGCUUCCAUAUUGCAAAUCAAUGAUCCAGGUAGCGGAUCCUAG